CCUCCUGGCCACUCGCGGAGGUGAGGGGGAACCGGAGCAGCUCGGGAGGAAGCGGAGCGCGAACGGGAGGCGGCGGCGGCGGCUCCCGUCGGCCUCCGGCAGCACCGACCGCGGGGAGGCCGAAGGCGGGCGAGCGCGGCGGAGAGGCGGGCGGGAGGCCGGAGCUUAUUUAAUGAAAAGUGCCAUAGACUGAAAAACCAAACAUGAGGGUAGCAGGUGCUGCAAAGUUGGUGGUAGCUGUGGCAGUAUUUUUACUGACAUUUUAUGUUAUUUCUCAAGUAUUUGAAAUAAAAAUGGAUGCAAGUUUAGGAAACCUAUUUGCAAGAUCAGCAUUGGACACAGCUGCACGUUCUACAAAACCCCCCAGAUACAAAUGCGGCAUCUCUAAAGCUUGCCCUGAGAAGCACUUUGCUUUUAAAAUGGCAAGUGGAGCAGCAAAUGUGGUGGGACCCAAAAUCUGCCUGGAAGAUAACGUUUUAAUGAGCGGUGUGAAGAAUAAUGUUGGAAGAGGGAUCAAUGUCGCCUUGGUAAAUGGAAAAACAGGAGAAGUAUUAGACACUAAAUAUUUUGACAUGUGGGGAGGAGAUGUGGCCCCAUUUAUUGAGUUUCUGAAGUCUAUACAAGAUGGAACCAUAGUCUUAAUGGGAACAUAUGAUGAUGGAGCAACCAAACUCAACGAUGAGGCACGGCGGCUCAUUGCUGAACUGGGGAGCACAUCGAUUACCAAUCUUGCUUUUAGAGACAACUGGGUCUUCUGUGGUGGGAAAGGCAUUAAGACAAAAAGCCCUUUUGAACAGCACAUAAAGAACAAUAAGGACACAAACAAAUACGAGGGCUGGCCUGAAGUUGUGGAAAUGGAAGGCUGCAUCCCCCAGAAGCAAGACUGAAGGAGGAGAAAUGGAAGGACCUGCACUUUCACUACUGAUGGGAGAGCUACAGCUGAGGCACUGUAUAAAUAUUUUCAGAGCGUGCAGCCCUCGGUGUGCACACGAGCACUCUCUUUGGAUAGCAGGAUUAUUUAUUGCUAACGUAAAUAGAUGUCUCUGUAAAUAGUUGUCAUAAUGAACAAAUCACUGAACCGUGUCUAAGCAUAUUUCUCUAAUAGUGCAGUGUUUAGAUGGAAAGGACAUCUUCUAAUUCUAAAAGCGUACUCAUGGAUAACUGAACAGAUAGUGGAAAAAUGUAGAUAGAUACUGAUAGAUAUACUGGUUGAUGUGAAAAUCUAUCAUGGAAUAAUAUGGAUUUGAGGGAGGAGACAUUGUUUUCUUCUAUAUAUAUAUUGCCUUUUGAUGAUAGUGUCUUUUAAAUUAAAAAGGUAUUUGGCUAGUUGUGUGUGCAAUGUUACUUUAUAAUUUGACUCUCCUGGUAUACCUCUUUUCUUAGUCUUUCUCUUCCCUUCCCAAGAAGCCAAGUAAUAAAAUGAUAUGAAAAUUUGUAUAUGUGAAAAGCACAAUAUUCCUUUUUUAAUGUACACAGUAAAAAGUAAAUAUAUAAAUGGAGAUGACUCAUGAUUAUAGCUUGCUGGAAUUUUGUGUUAGCAAUGUGAAUAACUUGAUCUUGCAUAAGCUAUUUAGAGUGAGGGUGGAGGUGGCAGCUCCACAGACCUGGGGAACCAGGCCAGGUCCCUUCCCCAACCAGCCUAGUUAGAUCAUCGAGGACGGCCGUGUCAGUAUACUUAGAGCAAUACUGGCAUGUAUUUUCCUUAUUUAAUUGUUAUCAGCAUUGACAAAGUGGCUUGGAAAGAGGCAUGCUUUACUACCACAAUAAUUUUGAUUUGUAAACCAAGAAAUUAAUUUUGUAUUUACUUAUUUAACUUCAUACUAGCAGUUUUUGCCUGAAGAUAUAUGGUGACAUAUUUAGAAAAUAUUUAAUUGCUGAAUGGACUGAUACCAUUUAAAAAAUAAUUUUAUUUGAUACAAAAUGACUUUAGACCCAAUUCUGCAUAAAAAUAUAAGAGAUCUAACUUUUUUUGUUAACUUUAGAUGUUCACUAAAUGACUCGUGUUUUUUUUUUUUUGGUUUGUUUUUUUAAAAUUUUUUGAGGCAUUAAGUACUUAUUAUAUAGGAAGUAUCUUAAACUGGAACACAGACAAAUGUAAUGAUCAAAAUACCAUUCAUAAUAAAAGGCAGCACUGAUCUUUUGAAUCUAAAUUUUAGAUGACUUGUAUAAAAACCUAAGAGCAGUAUUUUUUAUUUUGCUGUAAACCAAGUUGGAAACUGUUCAUCUAUUUCUUAAAUAUUAAUGAGCUUUUGGGGUCCUGUUUCCUCCCUCAAACUGAGUGUAAUUCAUGAAUAAAUGCACCAUGCAAGUUUAAACAAUUUUUAUAAACUUUUCAGAUGAUGGUGCUUAUAUGCUAAAUCACAUUCAGCAUGUAUAUUCUGACAUUUAAAAUACUUCCCUCAAUUCUGUAAAUUAAAGAACAGGUGUUUUACAGUUCCAGGGAUUGUGAAAUAAAUGUCGCAUUUUUUUUUUUUUUAAUAAUGAAAAUAAAUACUCUUGGUUUUGCA